GCGCGACCCUCCGACACUUUUUUCUCUCUUUCGAUACGCGUUCCUCGGCCAAACGAGUACAUACACGUCGGACCGAUCUCGAUGAUUCGCAGUUGGACCGCUGGCGGUUAGCAAGUCACCGCCGGAAAUGUCGCAGAUGGAAAAGCAGUUCUCCGAGGUGAAACCGGGCGGCAGAGGUUACCCGAGCGAUUGCCUCGCGAGGUAUCGCGUUGCCAUUAUCGUUCCGUUUCGAGAUCGACCGCAGCAUCUUCAGGCGUUGCUCUACAACCUUCACCCGAUGUUGCUGCGUCAGCAGAUCGACUAUCAAAUAUUCAUAGUCGAACAAAAAGGCAGCGAAGCCUUUAAUCGCGCGAUGUUGAUGAACGUGGGAUACGUGGAAGCCUUGAAGGAACGGCCUUUCGACUGCUUCAUUUUUCACGACGUUGACCUGCUUCCGGAGGACGAUAGAAAUCUGUACACGUGUCCGGAGCAACCGAGGCACAUGUCGGUCGCGGUGGACAAGUUCAAAUACAGGCUACCGUACGCCGAUUUGUUCGGCGGCGUGUCGGCGAUGUCGCGCGACCACUUUCGUCUGGUGAACGGGUUCAGUAACGUGUAUUGGGGUUGGGGCGGCGAAGACGACGAUAUGGCGAACCGUAUCAAAGCGCACGGGCUUCAUAUAUCGCGGUAUCCCGCCAACGUGGCGCGCUACAAGAUGCUCACGCACAAGAAGGAAAAGGCUAAUCCAAAGAGGUACGAGUACCUGAAGACGGGAAAGAAGAGAUUUACCACGGACGGACUGAGCAAUCUCCAAUACGAGCUGGUCGACAAGCAAAAGCCGAAAUUGUACACGUGGUUGUUGGUAAAGUUAACGCCUCCACAGCCCAGCUGAUGGCUAUCCUGGAUCGGAUAAC